AUGUUAAAAUGUAAAUCUAAUCCAUAUUUUCCUUUCCAGUUGAAGAAAUAUAAGUUUGAGUUACAGAAAGCUGUGAAUACACCUAUUAAUGCUAUAUCGGCUGAAAAAAGUUCUCACUUACAAGACAAACUACAGCGUCUAAAUCUCUUACUCUCUGGUUAUACUGUGGAAUCUACAGGAAAGAGAAUCAGCGCCAAGGAAGUUCCAGAAGGAAUAUUAUUCUGUAAAAAUCUAGCUGCCAGAAUGAUUGUGAAAAAAGGCAGUGAACAAGUAGCAUCAAAACAUGAAACAGCAUUUGGUAUAGCAGCAGUAACAGUUGGUAUUUGGUGUAAUAGUCCUGAUUUCGGAGAUUUAAUAUUGGCCCACUUUCAUCAAGCCUGUCCCUAUACAGUACCUGUUAGUCUUCCUAAACUAGAUGAACAGUCUAUAGAAACAUAUCAUAAAUUAUUAGGUUACAAGGUAGAAGAUGGAGUUAUUGAACCACAAGAUAAAUUCUUAAAGAGGAUGUCUGGUAUCAUGCGCUUGUAUGCUUCAAUAAUAGUCACACAUCCACCAAAGGGAAGUAACUGUCAACACCCACAUGGUUUAGAAUUUGCAUGGAUCUGGUUAUCGCGAGUGUUGAAUACGGAACCACAGCCUGAUAUUACAGCCACUAUGAUCUAUGAUAUGUUAAGUGUAACAGGACAUGCAUUGUUUGAACAAUAUCGCAGCCAAUUCUUAAAAUUGUUAUCUUUUCUUAUUAAACAAUAUAUUCCAAAAAUACGAUCAGUGGCUGUUGGCGGUGGGCCUGUUUCUCGACUUCAGACUUUCGUUGAAACUGUAAUAAAAAAUUCAGGAAGAAUUGCUAAACCUGAAGGAAUUUUACCUCCAAAUUUUAUUUAGAAAUCUUGUGCAAUAUAUAUUGUACUUGUGAAUGAUAAUCAAAUUUUGGCUUGAAAUGCUCUUAAAGUUCAUAUUGAAUUUUAAUCGAAUCUUAAAUGCAAACUUACUAUGAAAUACUUGUUCACCAAAAUAGAAUUUGUUAUUUUGUUAUUGUAAAAUAUCAAAUAUAUGAAAUGUGGAAUAUUGUUAAAAAUAUUUUUGU